AUGGAAUCCCUCCGCCAUAGCCAACAUGACAGCGCCUCUAUAAAAUGCUCCGGCCGUGAUGAUGACAAUGUCGAGAGCGACGCGGCCUCGCGCGACCCGAUCUACCUGGACUACAAUGCGACCACUCCUAUCGACCCCGCGGUGGCGGAGGAGAUGAUUCCCGUGCUGCGCGCGGAGUUCGGCAACCCGUCCAGCGCGCACGCGCCUGGGCGGAGGGCCAACGCGGUUGUGGAGGGCGCGCGGGCGCGCGUGGCGCAGCUGCUCAACUGCUCCGCGGAUGAGUGCACCUUCGCAGCACAGCGGAGUGUGCACACGCCCACUCCCGCUGCACAGCACCAUCCAAUCACUUUUAAGCGUGUGACAAGCGUGAGAGGUGCUGAUGCUGUAGUGUGUGCGCGGGCAGUGCAGGUGGUGUUCACGAGUGGAGGCACGGAGUCCAACAACUGGGCCAUCAAGGGAGCUGUCUCCGCCUAUACCACCACCCGCUCUGCUCCCGCCGCUGCUGCGCCCGCUGCAGUGGUGGCGCCACAUGUGGUGAUAUCGGCGGUGGAGCAUCCAGCAGUGACGGAGGUGGCAGAGCAUGUGAGGGCGGUAGCAGGCUGUGAGGUGACGGUGGUGCCUGUGGACGCACACGGCAUUGUGUGUGUGCACCAAGUCAUGGCUGCACUGCGCCCCACCACGGCCAUCAUCUCCAUCACCACUGCUCUCUCUUGUCUCUUGCUCGCAGUGCUGGCCAACAACGAGGUGGGGUCGCUGCAGCCCAUUGCACGCAUCGCUGCUGCCCUCACAAGCCACAAAGCGGCCGCAGCAGCACAAGCCCUGCAAGAUGCAGCAGAGGCAGGAUCAGACGGAGCAGCAGCGGCAGCGGCAGUGUUUCCAUACCUGCACACGGACGCCAGCCAGGCGGUGGGGAAGAUCCCUAUGGACUUUGCUGCUCUCCGUGCCGACCUGCUCACUGUUGCCGCCCACAAGUGUUCCCCUCUCCGCUCUACUCCCGCCCUCCACCUGCAGCUGUAUGGCCCCAAGGGCGUGGGAGCGCUGGUGGUGCGGCGGGGGGUGCACCUACCGAAGCUGAUGCAUGGGGCAGGGCACGAGAAGGGCAGGCGCGCAGGCACAGAGAGCACCGUGCUGCUGGCAGGACUGGGGAAGGCAUGUGAGCUGGCACGCGCUUGUCUCCUGGCCGAUGCAGCACACAGCGAGCGCAUGCGCAGCAGACUGCUGCACGGCCUUGCACGCCACCUUUGCCUUGUGACGCCACAGGCAGUCACAGGGGAGGGCGACGGCAAGACAGUGCCAGGGAAGGAGAGCAGUAACGGUGCUGCUGCUGCUGCUACUGCAGCAGCAACAGAGGGCGAUGGGGAAGGUGACAAGGACAUGGUUCGGUUCAGAGUGAAUGGGCCAUGUGAUCCAAGCCAGCGCCUGCCCAACACUCUUAGUCUCUCCUUCGAAGGCCUGCACGGACCCACCCUCAUGGCGCGACUCCUCCCCCGAGUCGCAUGCAGUGCCGGUGCUGCUUGCCAUUCCUCCCCUGCUCCCCCCUGCCCCGCCCCUGCCGCCUCUUCCCCGUCCUUCAAGCCAGAAGCGUCAGCAGCCUGUGUGAAGGGAUCGUCUGUGCUGGAGGCGAUGGGGGUGGAUGGCAGGUAUGCAGGGUGCACUGUGAGGGUGAGCCCCGCUGCGGCCCCGUCUGGCCCCUUUACGUCCCCGUUUCGGCCCCUCUGCGGCCCCGUCACCACCUGCGGUCCCGCCGCCACCUGCGGCCCCGCCGUCACCCGCGACGCCGCCGCCGGGCAGCACAGCAGCCGAGCCGCCCAGCAGCUGAACCGCCCUGCAGCCGAGCCGCCCUACCGCCGAGCCGCCCAGCAGCUGAGCCGCCCAGCAGCCGAGCCGCCCUGCAGCCGAGCCGCCCUGCCACCGAGCCGCCCUGCAGCCGAGCCGCCCUGCCGCCGAGCCGCCGAGCCGCCCUACUGUCUAGCAGCUGCUAUUUCUACCGGUGCUCCCCGGCCCCUCCUUCCUCGGACUGGUGAGCUCACUUCCUCCCAGGCCACUGCAGUCAUGGCUACCCCUAGUGUCCUCACUUUUGAUGCUGAGGGCCGUGCCGUUGACUUCGAGGUCUGGGUCGAUGACCUCCAGCUAUUUCUUCAGUGCGAUAUGGCGGACGGCCUCUCCCUGUUUGACCUCACUUCUGGUGCCUCUCCUACCCAUGCUGCUGAUGCUGACGCCAGUGUUCGCUCACAGUGGGCCACGCGCGAUGCUGCUGCUCGCCUUGCUCUGCGCUGCCACUUACCGACCACUGAGCGUGCACACUUUAGCCAGUACAAGAGUGCUCAGACCUUGUACGACGCUGUAGUUGCACGCUACUCUUCACCUGCCACUGCUGCACUGUGCCGCAUCAUGCUACCGUACCUCUUCCCUGACCUUGCUGCCUUUCCCACAGUCGCUAACCUCAUUACGCACCUCCGCACUAGUGACACUCGCUACCGCGCUGCGCUUCUUGCUGAGGACCACUUUCUCUCAGUUUUCCCCACCACUUUUACCGUUGACCUCCUCGAGAAGGCCCUCCUAUCGAUAGAGAAUAGCAUAGUCGUUGUAGGAGCCUCUCGUGGUGACCCUCGCACCCCCGUCUUUGAGGGGUGUUCUCCCUCCCCCUUCUUGCCCUCUAUUGCCUCUGCUGCGGCGGCCGCCCUCGUUGGUUUCGAGUCGGUCGGCGCUGCGUCUGCCCCGAGCGGGAGACGCCGCACCGGCAAAGGCAAGGGGGGCAAGGGCACUGGAGGGGCUGGAGGGGGCGGUGGAGGUGGUGGUGGAGGCUGUGGAGGGAGUGCGAUGGUGGUGGAAGUGGUACCGGGGGUGGCGGCGGUGGCGGCAGUAGUGGAGGCGGCGGAGGCGGUGGAGGUGGCAGAGGGAGCGGAGACGGCGGACGCGUGGCGUCGCCAGUUCCCUGAGGCGUCAGACAUCCCUUGCUAG